ACGAGACUGAGCGGCGGAGAGGGCCCGGGGCGUCCGGCACAGAUGCCGGUACAGAGGGGAAGAUCUAGCCGCCCGGCCCCGGUAGCGCUCCGGACUUACAGCGGUACGUCUGGAGUGAGAGCCCAGGUCCGUCCGUCACCCGCCGCUCACCAGAGCAGCGCGCGGCCUCCAGGAAACCGUCGCCGCCGCUGCCGCCGCCGCAGCCACCGACCGCCGCUUCGGGCGCAGCGCGCAGAGGCCUGACUGCGUCACACGCCGUCCACCGUCAGAGGUCGGCUCCGGGCGCUCCGCCCUUGGCGGCCGGGCAUUGGCAGGCCGGUCCGCCACUCGAGACCCACCCUGUUAUUCAUUGGGUGACGAACCUUUUGAAACCGAACGUGAAGGCGGUCUCUGAUUAGGAGCGGAGGGGAAGAGGAGGGGCGUAAGGAAUUGCGAGGGGGAAAGGGGAAGAUAAAAAAAAAAAAAAAAAAAAAAGGAGGGACGAUGGGGAGGGAUGUGAAGUCCCACUCCCUCUGCGGCUACGGUUGGCUGAAAGAGGAUCGUGACGUCACACAGGGCCCCUCGAAGAGGGCUGGAGUAGUGAGCACCAAACAGCAGUGACGUUGCGUCCAGGCCCCGCCCCCUUCCUUGGAGCGCGGAGACUCGCUACGGAAGCUCCGUCCAAUCAGAAGGAAGGCCCAAGGAUGACAUGGGCCUUCUGCUCCAGAUCCCUCCAGGCACUGCGGAUGGAGGCGUGGGGGAGCCUUGGAACAUCAGACUAGUUUUGAAUCCCAGUUCUGCCAGUUACUACCUUGUGGCUUUGAGUCUGACAGGAUGUACCAGGUCCCACUGACGCUGGACCGGGAUGGGACCCUAGUCCGGCUCCGCUUCACUAUGGUGGCCCUGAUCACGGUCUGCUGUCCACUUGUCGCCUUCUUCUUCUGUAUCCUGUGGUCCCUGCUCUUUCACUUCAAGGAGACAACAUCUACACACUGUGGGGUGCCCAAUUACCUGCCAUCAGUGAGCUCUGCCAUUGGUGGGGAGGUUCCCCAGCGCUAUGUGUGGCGUUUCUGCAUUGGCCUGCACUCGGCACCCCGCUUCUUGACAGCCUUCGCCUAUUGGAACCACUACCUCAGCUGUGCGUCCCCGUGUCCGGGUUAUCGCCUUCUCUGCCGCCUCAACUUCAUUCUCAAUGUGGUGGAGAACCUCGCGCUGCUCGUGCUCACCUACGUCUCCUCCUCCGAGGACUUCACCAUCCACGAAAAUGCUUUCAUUGUGUUUAUUGCGGCAUCCCUCAGUUACAUGCUCCUCACCUGCAUUCUCUGGCGGCUGAACAAGAAGCACACAGAUCGCAAGUCCUACAGCUGGAAACAGCGGCUCUUCAUCAUCAACUUCAUCUCCUUCUUCUCAGCGCUGGCUGUCUACUUCCGGCACAACAUGUAUUGUGAAGCUGGAGUGUACACCAUCUUUGCCAUCCUGGAGUACACUGUUGUCCUAACCAACAUGGCGUUCCACAUGACAGCCUGGUGGGACUUCGGGAACAAAGAGCUGCUAAUAACCUCUCAGCCUGAGGAAAAGAGAUUCUAACUCCUUCUCUGAUGCUGGAAAACAAGAAACCACUCUGGCCUUCCCUGUCUCCAUGUCCUCUCUGGGCCCUUCUCCACCUGGGGAUUAGGACAGAAGAGCGGGAGGGGGAUGACAGGGCUGACCCCAGCACUGCUGACUUCUCCCCACCACUCAUGGGGAUCUUUAAGAAGUAUCACCAUCCACUGAAACGUCCUAAAGAAACUGAGCUGGCAGGAAAGCUCCACCACUUGGUGCUAAAAGCAAUAAAAGUCCUGAAGGUUAGGGUCCAGAGCAGUGGCUGCUUCCUGAAGACCACAGCCAUCUCUGGUCAUUCACCUGACUGAUUUACCGUGCACACCCAGAGUGUGUACACCCAGGUGAUAGUUUCAUAAAUUUACCCAGGUGUUCUAGAUGUACCCACUUCCCCAUCAGCUUCAUUGUGUUCCUGUGUAUGACUCGGGGAAGUAUGCUGUAUGAUUUCUAAGGGCUUUGUCUCUUAAGGUUAUCCAGUGGAAGUAGUGUUGUGCUUGACACAGAAGAAGCAUCAAGCAUAGGAUAUAUUUUUCUUUCCCAUCUAAAACCUUUGGCUUUUUGGAAUAUGUCUGUAAUCUCAGCACGCUGGAGGCUGGGACGGGUGGACUGCUUCAGGGUCCAUGCCAACAUGGGCUACACAGUGAGACCUUGUUUCAAAAUGGAGUUAGAUGCUGGGCAUGGUGGUACAUGCCUUUAAUCCCAACACAGCAGAGACAGGCCAGCCUGGUCUACAGUGAGUUUCAGGCCAGCCAGGGCUAUAGAAUAAGACCCUGUUUCAGAAAAAAAAAAUUACACUAAAAUCCCAGGCUUAUAAGACCUUUCCCUCCUAUAAGGGGGGACAGGUCAGAAGUAGGUUUCCCUACUUCAGAAUGGGUUCGUUGGUUUUCCUUUAUCCUCUCUACUGUCCCUAAUCCCUAGCUUUUAUUUGUAUAUUUUAUUUCAAAGGACAAUAAAUUUUUUCCUUUUGCCAACAA